UGCAAAAGCAUUUCAAAGUUAUUAUUUAGAUUCAACGUUCGUAUGGAGAUAAAGGAAGGUUCAUGCGAGAUACUCAUAUUAUUUGGCCAUAGAGCAUUGUCAAUAACUAUAAUCUGUUUUUAUCCCCAUCAGUCUUAUUCAUGGAUAUUAUAUCACUAAGUAAAUUGAUAUAAAUACGACCACCAAAGUUCUCAAACACAAAAGCCGUAAAUUUGACGCUCGGACUGUUAAUUUUCAAAGCAGAACCAGAGAGUUGUUAGCGAGCGUGAUCUCUGAGUUGUCACCAUGGCUGUUCGUUUCCGUUUGCCUCGGCAGCUGAUGAGAGAAGCUGCAGCUGAGUUCGCUUCUACCUUCAUUUUGCUGACAUUUGGAGUAGCGUCAGUGGCUCAAAUGGUCCUCAGCGACUGGAAGUUUGGAAAUUUCUUCUCCGUCAACUUCAGCUGGGGAAUUGGUGUUACGCUCGGCUGUUACUGGGCUGGUGGCAUUUCCGGUGCUCACAUGAACCCUGCGGUCACAUUGGCCUUUGCCGUCGUCAGGCGAUUUCCGUGGAAGAAGGUUCCUGUAUAUUGGGCGGCACAGAUGUUGGGAGCUUUCGUUGCUUCGGCUUGUGUUUAUGGUGUUUAUCAUGAUGCCUUAAAUAAAUUUGAUGGAGGUGUCCGUCAGGUAGUGGGUGACAAAGGAACCGCAGGGAUCUGGGCUACAUAUCCUCAGGAUUAUUUGUCAACUGGGAACGGCUUUGGAGACCAGGUGUUCGGCACCGCCCUGCUCGUUGGCUGUGUAUUUGCCAUCAUUGAUAAGAACAAUAACAGCCCUGACAAGGGAGCAGCGCCUGUCUUAAUUGGUUUGACCGUGUUCGUCAUUGGUGCUACAUUUGGAUACAACUGCGGCUAUGCCAUUAAUCCUGCCAGAGAUCUGGGUCCGAGACUGUUUACAGCUAUGGCUGGCUGGGGCACUGAAGUGUUCACCGCGGGCAACCAUUGGUUCUGGGUGCCAAUCGUGGGAUGUUUCUUAGGAGCAGUUCUGGGUGCACUCGCUUACAUCGGUUUGAUUGAGAUGCACCAUUCCGGGGACGAUCCAAGCAAGCCCAACGUGGAACUCGAAAAUAUCAUCGUCACAAGUGACCAUGAGUCGGGCUGAACACCUUCCCGAUAAACAGUGAUUGUUAAUAAGGAAAUUAUCGCCGGUUUUUUAUAAAGAAAAAUAUAAAUACCCAUGGUCACUUUGUAGUAUAGUUACUAAUGGUGUGUAAUAGCAACGCUGGAGGGGUUUUUUUUUUUUUUUUUAGAUUUUCGAUAAGAUCCCAAUUUUUGUUUCUUACGCCGUUUUUAAGUGAAAACGUUGACCGGUUUUACAAUGCUGUAAGAUCAACGUUUCCCACACUAAUAUCUAGUUCCUUUUUACCGGGUAAAAUUUUAAGGCUCAAAAAUUCCAAUUUUAUGAAAAAAGUUCUUAUGAUUAGGUCAAGCAAAAAAGGGCCCACUGAUUAGUAUCUUACCAUGUUUGAACACGAUCGAUUAUAUCCUGAACUUUUUUUCUAAACAACAUUGUAAAGAAGGCGUUCACGACGAUGGGAAUUUUUCCGAAGCAAUUUUUCCCCCAAACGAACAUAUAUUAUAAACUUUUGUAUUAAAGUGAGUUUGAGUAAACAA